AUGGCUGAUAUACAGAAAAAAUUUGAUGCAUGUUUAAUUCGUACAAAUGAUGAUAAUUUUAUUGUUGCUGAAUGGCACCAGUUAGUAACAACUGCUAAUAAAUCAAAACUCACUGUUGGAUCAUGUGUUGGAUAUAAAAAGUCAACAAAUAAACGGGAGAAGAUUAUUCGUGGCACAAUUAUGAUUAUUGUAUGUGAAAAACAAAAAAAAUUAUUCAUGGCAAAGGUUAAUAGUAAAAAUGGUGCAGCACAAAAAUUUGAUGAAAAAGAUGAAUGUGAAUCUGAAUCAACUGGAAUUUCAUAUAGUAAAAAUGAUUUAGAGUCAAACGAUGAAGAUUCGUCUGACUCAAAUGAUGCACGUUUGGAAAUUGAUACUGAACAAGAAGAAAAUUGUCAUGAAAAUAACUCAAAAAAAAUUCAAUCUAAUCAAGCAACAAUCAAUGAACCACGAAACGACAAUCGAUCCAAGACAUCAGAUGCAUCAUCUUUAAAUGCUGCUUAUACAGAAGAAAAAACAACUAGUUCAUUUAAACGAAAGAGUGUUGAUUCUGACAGUGAAGCACAAUAUGUAGAAACAAAACGAAAACGAAUUUCUGUGAGUUCUUAUGAGGAGCUCAAAAUGGAAAACAAUCGAAUGAAGAAAGAAAUUGAAAAAUAUAAAAGGGAAUGGAUGCCUCGUCCAACUGAUUCUAGUGUUAUAAGAUAUUUUGUACGUAUGGGAUUACUAUUUUCUUCUGAUGGUGAAACAGAAGAAGGUAGAGGUGAAAAAUUGAUUAAGAUUUGUGAUCAAUUAAAUAUGACCGAAGAACAAUUAAUUAGAUUACAAAAGCCGAACGGUACAAGAACAGCUCGUUCUAUUAUACGUGCCUGUUAUCCACUACAUACUCGAGUGGAUGCUCUUGAAGAAGGUAUUGAUGAUGAUAUUCGACAAGCUGUUCAUGAUUACGUUAAUAUGUUUCAUGGCAUGGAAAGUCUAACGGACGGAAAAAUUAAUGAAAGUAUUAACAACGUUUUUCGUAGUGCCAAAAGUCAACAAAAAGAUGAUGGAAAAAAUGAAUCUCAACAAUCAACUUUCAACAAUUCAAAACUCUCGACAAGUUCAGAUUCAUUAUCAAGACCUAUUGAAAAAGUAGAUUUAGCUGCGGCUUUAGUCGCCUUGAAAAAUCGUCAUUCUUUAUCAGCAGUCUGCAUCAACGAUAUAUGUUCACUAUUGUGUGUUUUAAAUGUGCCUGGUGCUCCUCGUAGUUGGUUUCAAGUGAAAAAAGCACUUGAUAAAUCAUGUGCAUCUAGUCUUGAUCGAACAGUGUGGUGGAUAUGUCCAAAUUGCAAAAAGACCUCUGAUAACAAGUUUACUUGCUCAAAUGCUAAUUGUAACUGGCGUUUUGCACCUCCUGCAUCAAUGCCAAAUUAUUUUUAUACUUUUAAUAUUCGUGAUCAACUUUCUUCAACAUUAGCGACUACAGCAGAUAUGUAUUUACCAAAAUGUACAAAUGUUACACCACAUUCAAUUUUAUCAAUGAAAGAUAUUGUUGAUAGUAACUACUAUCGAAAACUACUUGAUGAAGAAUCUGACGACAUUUUAACUCUAACUAUGAGUACAGAUGGAAUACAACCAUUUAAAAGUACGGAAAAGUCAAUAUGGCCUGUAACUUUUAUAAUUAAUGAAAUUAAACGUAAAAACCGAUUUAGCUUUCAAAACUUAAUACUUGGUGGAGUCUGGCCUGGUCCUGCAAAACCAAAGCGGUUUGAAAUGUCAGCUGUGUUGGAAACAAUUAUUGUACAACUUAAGGAGUUGGAGAAAGGGUCUUAUUUUGAAUGUCGUUCAGAUGCAGGCUAUGUUUCACGAUUCUUAAAAGUUUUUUUAAUUUGUGCAUGUAUGGAUAAACCAGCACAAGCAUUGGUACAAAAUUUACCCGAACCAACUGCAAAAUUUGGAUGCGGAAGAUGCGAAAUUCGUGGAUAUACUGUGUUGUCGUCUGAAAAUUCUGAUCAUCGAAUUAAUUGUUUUCCUAUUGAAAACUCCCUGACUCAACCACAUUUAAGAACAAAUGAUCGAUAUGAUUAUCUUAUUUUAAUUAAAGAACUAAAUGAUAUUGAAGUAGAAAAACUUAAUCGUCAUUCACUUGAUCGCAAAGGUAAGCGUCAACUCAAGCAAAAAUUAAUCAAAAAUAAGGAGUCUGAACAUGGAAUCCUCGGUCCUUGUGUGCUUCGUCAAUUGAAAUAUUUUGACGUUGGAUUCAGUUUUGUAUCAGAUAAUCUACACAACGUGUAUCAAGGUGUAACGAGGAAGUUAUUAUCUCUUUGGCUUCAUGCUGAUUAUAAAAGGGAAGAUUGGUCGUGUUAUAAUCAUAUUCAUCAAUUGUCAUCAAUGCUUCAAUCAUUUCGUUUUCCUUCAACAACUGGUCGACGACCACGUUCACUACUUAAAUUCAAAAAGUUUAAAGCCAGUGAAUUAAGAAUGGUUCUUCUUUUUGGAUUUGUGAUCUUUAAAAAGGUCUUAAAAGCUAAAUAUUACGAUCAUUUUCUGAAAUUAGUAGUAGCUAUUCAUUUUUCCGAGCACCGAACUAUAAGCAUGGUCAUGGUCGAUAACGUAAAAAGUCUUCUUCAUGAGUUUCUCAUUGAAUAUCCAAAACUCUACACGGCUCGACAUAAUCAACAAGUUGUACAUUCCCUUAAUCAUAUUGGACAAACUAUUAAUGAUUAUGGUCCAUUGACUUCUUACUCUACAUUUCACUUUGAAAAUAUUUUAGGUGAUAUCUUGAUUUUUUCCUACCAAUCUUUUAUAUAUGGUUUCAUUGAUAUUUAG